AUGUCAAAAGAAACUAAUCCAACGAAUUCAGAAAUAGGGUUAUCUUCGACACAACAAACACAAAAUCAUACUGUUGAUUCCCAUGGAUCAGCAACCGACAAAGUGGUAACUGCUUGGAUUGGAGUUGUAAUGCCACCGAUACUUUGUUUAAUCGGUAGCUAUCAUUUAACUAUAAAUAAUGAUCCUUCUAAGAAUCCAAUUGGAGGUUGUAGUGUUGUUAUCGGAGGCAUUGCUAAUAUUGUGUUUGCAAUAGCAAAUCUAGUCAAUGCGAUAAAGAAUAAAGGCGCGCCUAGCAGUUAA